CUUUCCCCCCAUCCGUGAGACCCUGAAUUUCAUCUUCCACGCAACCCCUAGAUUCAAUGAUGGCUUUCGGCGUUCGACCAGUCGCCACCGGCCUAGGCAGGCGCCGUGAUCCUGAGAGAAUCCACUCUGCUGCCGAAGUUCGCAGCGAAUACUUCUACCGACCUCCUGUCCAAUCUGUGUCACGCCGUCCCCAUGUUGUAUCAAGUACCAACCAUGGAUAUUAUAGCCUUGGCCACAGAUCACCUCAUGAGUCUUCCCGGGACUUCUUUCCUUCGCUGGAAAAUGAUACCUUGGAUGAUUUCGACAAGAGUCUUCUGGUCGAGGCGAACUCGCAAGCUUCUGCGACGAGGCAAGAAAGAGCCCUGCAACCAAUAAGCGUCUCAGAUGGCCAUUUUUCGGGAAUGCCACUCAGGACCCCUUUAGGACAGAUGAUUACUCGUGAGUUGCUGCCAUCAUGGCCGAGACAUGUCCUAAAACAAGCAGCUCGUACGCCGUUUCUCCAUCCACCAGAACCUCAAACUUCAUCGCCGACUCUCCCCUCCACUAGUCCCACGAUCUCUGUGCUUCACAGAAAGACAAAGACAAGAAAAGCACCUGGUACUCAUUUGCAACAUGAAUUACAUCUAACACGAUCACCAGCCGCAGGCGGCGCUGUCUCAAACAUAGAGAUCAAUCGCAGACUGCCAGAGGCAGGAAGCCACAACGCCAGCACCCUUCCCAUUGUGCAAGACAUUCCACUCGUCUCUACUUCCACUCUUCCAGACCAACUUCGGUCUGUGUUUCCAUUCAAGCUCUUCAAUGCGGUCCAGUCCAAAUGCUUCGCUGCCGCGUUCGAGAGCAACGACAACAUUGUCAUCUCUGCUCCUACAGGAAGUGGUAAAACAGCCAUCAUGGAAAUUGCAAUAUGCAAAUUGGUUGCGGAACAAAGAUCUUCGGACUUCAAGGUCAUCUACCAAGCUCCAACAAAGUCUCUGUGUGCAGAACGAUACAAGGACUGGCAGUCCAAGUUUACAAUACUGAAUUUGAGCUGUGCAGAACUUACUGGAGACACCGAUAUCUUUGAUCUGUCGAAGGUUCAAUCGGCUGACAUCAUCAUCACAACCCCUGAGAAAUGGGACAGUAUCACGCGCAAGUGGAAAGACCACACGAAACUAAUGCACCUAGUCAAGCUCUUCCUAGUGGACGAAGUCCAUAUUCUAAAGGAAUCACGAGGCGCAACCUUAGAAGCAGUGGUUUCACGAAUGAAGUCUGUGGUUCCAGAUAUUAGAUUUCUUGCUCUUUCUGCUACAGUCCCGAAUUCGGAAGAUAUUGCUGUCUGGCUGGGUAAGAGCUCGAGCCUGCAGCAUCUCCCCGCGUACCGAGAAGUAUUUGGCGAGUCCUUUCGACCUGUGCAGUUGAAUAAAGUUGUACGGGGAUUUGAGGGAGGCUCCAACGAGUUUGCCUUUGAAGCAAAAUUGACGAAACAGUAA